AUGGCGAGGAACAUACCUACCUUCCUGGUCAGAGACGACUGGCAGGAGACAGACAUGUGGAAGCGCAUGCAGGGAUCCGUCGAGAGGCGCACGUGCAUGAACCCGCUGAUGAAAGGCCCAGACACCCUGGAGCGAAAGCUGCUGGACCGGGGCGCCCUGUCCGUGUCCGAGGACGUCUGCAGUUGCCUCUCGCCAGGGUGGACGAUGUUCGUGGAGGCCCUCGCAGACGGCCUCGUCCGGACCACCGUGACCAUGCCAGACUGGGCGCCCCUGGUGGCUGGCCGGCCCGUGGGCGAGGACGGACGAGCGAGGGCCCUGGAUCUUGCGGGAGCUGGCCGACGACGCCCUGCUGCACAUGCUGAAGAUGCGCCGCUCUGGGAGCCGGCGCUUGGGCCUGCCCUCGCUCGGGCGGCUGGUGCUGCCCUACCUCCGGGAGGCGGCGGGGCCGCCGGGUUCGCAGGGUCCGCGGCCUCGUCGGCCCUCCCCGAGUCCAGGAUCGGCAGCUGCGCCCAGGAAGCGCUGGCGCAGGGGCCUGCGGAGUCCGCGAGGGCGGGGCGGCCAGAGGCGUCCGGCGAUCUGCUCUUCCCAAGGUCGCUGGGCUAUUUCCGCAAGGCGUUCCGGGGCCUUGCACGGGACGGCCCCCUGUGA